AUGAGUGAUCCAAGUCUAAGAAAGCGUAAGAGGGCGAGCCUUGUAUGCGAUAAUUGUAAGAAGAAAAAGAUUAGAUGUGAUAAGGGCCAUCCAUGUUCCCAAUGUAUCAGGGCAAAGAUAACGAGUUCAUGUGUAUAUCAAAAUAAUGGGAUUUCAGAAAAUGACUCUAAUAAUGGUUCACUUCCUUAUAUUCAUAGUGCCAAAAAUCCGAUGACAUUUGCUGCAAGCGAUGGCGGCAUGAGCAAUGGCAAACAUUCGAAUAUUAGUCAUAACCCCAAUACGCCGGAAGAGGUGACGAUACCCAAAGAAGAGUUAGAUGAUCUAAAGGGGCGCUUGCAACAAAUUGAGAGCCUAUUGAAAGCACUGACGUCGCAAUCUAAGCUUGAUCCGAAGUUCAAUGACAUCAAGCUGUUGGGUGCUGGAGACUCUGUGGGUAUCAAGUCUGAAAUGAUGUCACCAAUAGGUUCGCCAAUUAAACUAUCCCCAUAUCCAGUGAAGAAGAACAACGCGUCGAUUCAAUUGCCUCCAAUUAACUGGAAUAUGCUGGACAUAAAUUCUGGAAAAGCUGAGGGUGCUCAAUGUGAUAUUCUGUUCGGAAAUACACCCAGCUCGGUUGAUUCUUUGAAUAGUUCGUCCACUCAGAGUACUAGGUCAAGUAGGUCUGAUCGCGAAUCGCUCAGUGGUAUUAAUCCGUACGGAGAUGAGAACGAGACGAUCAAUUUUUAUGAGAAUUAUACUUCCAUUCAUGUACAAGAACCCAUGAGACGUAUCAGCUUUGGACCAUUCGCAUGGUCUUCAUUAAUGAAGAAGGACUCCGGAUUGAGAAUUUUAUGGGAUUACAUGAUUGAGCAAAAGGAGAAGUCAUCCAGAGAAAAUAAUUUCAGUAUGAUGUUUUCACAAUCAAGACAUGAGGUUACGCAAGAAAACACAAAUGUUAUUACGUCUACGUUUUAUGGUGACAAGUCAGAUAACGCUGAGGCAUACUUCAAAAAGAGGGCCUUAGAAACUGAUGGAUAUGAUGAUAUGGUUCCUUAUACGAAUGUCUUGAAAGCGAGAACAGAUCUGUACAACAAGAAAUCAAAGUUGAAUGAGAAUGCAUUACCAUUAGGACUUACAUUUUAUGAAGGACAAGCUGGUAAAGAAUUGAGACUCAGUGAUAAAAUUCAAUUACAUCUUAUCGACAAAAUUCAAAUAAUAUUGCCCACAAGAAAAGUUAUUUGGAAACUUAUUGAUAGGUACUUUGCUUGGUUAUACCCAUUUAUGCCGUUUAUAGACGAAGAGUCACUUAUUAGGGAUAUCAGUAAAAUACUAGGGCCUAAGUCUUUUGAGGAUACGAAAAUCCAACAAGUAAAGGUUGAAAGAAGGCUAGAUUUGGCUCACAUUGGAAUACUAUUGGUAGUUUUAAGAUUAUCAUACCUAUCUUUAUUCUGCAAUAAAAGUUCAGUGAAUGAGGAACGGCUAAACACUACCGACCCAAGCCCAGAAGCUCAAGAUAUCAAAUUCUUAUUAUCGAACCCAAUUAAUAUCAAUACAAUUGAUGUUGCUCAAUUAUGUUUGGAUCAAUUCCAAUUGCUAAGAAAAUCUAGCUUUCCGGUUUUGCAGUUGGGCUUGUAUAUGAGACUAUAUCAUAUGUAUGCCCCUGAAGACGGCGAUGGUGCUGAUGGUGGGGAUGCCCAAGUGUUGACUGCGAUGUUGAUCCAAAUGGCCUACUCACUAGGUUUAAAUAGAGAACCAGAUAACUUCCCUGAUGUUUGUAAUGAUCCUAAAAUGAAUCACUUAGGAAGAAAGAUAUGGCAUUCGUUAUGUUUUCUUGAUUCGUACCUCGGAUUUUGUUUUGGCAAUCCGUUGUCUGUUGAUAGUAUGUUUUUCGAUACUAAAAUACCAUUUUUCGAAGAGGGAAACGAGAAUACACUUGACCCUGGUAUGGAUAAAAAUGUUACACAAGCCUUUUUUUCUUGUGGUGGGGCUUGUAUACGGAUGAGAGAGAUUCUAUUACUUGUAUUGAAUGUUAAUGGCAAAACGAAAAUGUCAGAAUUGACUAAAUUGUUGUCAGAUCUUGAAAUAAUUUUGAACGAUGAAUAUGGUAAUUUGGAUGAAUGUUUAAAGCCUCUCGAGAAAAAUUGUCAUGCAUACGUAUUCACUAGGAACUUCAGAACAAAAAUAUAUUUGUCAAUUAAUGCUUUUUUUGUUUCGCUUUAUUUUCACUUAUAUCUUUAUUAUGAAGAGAAAGAUGUGAAUUUAUCAUUUUUCUAUCUCAAAAAGAUGAUAUUAAUCGCUACUAGAGACAUUAUGCCACGUUACUUUGAUUUGUUAGGUAAUAGUGAUAUGAUUUGUGACUUCGUUAUUAAUCCGACUCUUGAGAUGACUAUUCACAAAUCAAACCAAGUAAAUCUCGCAUGCUUGGUGAAGACCAACUUCAUCAUAUAUAGUAUGACUCGCGACAAUCGGCAUAACGAGAAGAUGAUCAUUGAUCUGGAGUAUCGCUUAAAUUUUAGGCUUUUGUGCAAAUUAUCCAUGUAUUUAACUAGAUGUGCAGAAUUUUCAAUUGAAGCCAUUUCAAAGAUUAGUAAUAGAUACUAUUAUGCUUGGAGAAUCACAAAAGGUCAUACCUAUUUAUUGAAAACAAUUACAAACAAAGAUUUCUAUGUGGAUAAAUACGAAGAGGCGAGCCAUCUCUGCGUUCAACGUUUCACAAUCGAACAAAUGGAGGAGCUCAUUAAAAUCUGCGAAACAACCUUAAACAAGGUUGGUAAAUUUGAAACGACUUCCAACGAAUUUCAAUCCGAAUUCUGUAACAUCUUCUAUUCGGAAAGCGUGACACCCAGUACCAGACUGAAUCCUAGUACUGAAAACAAUUAUGCAACCACUCCAAAUUUUAGACCGACUACUUAUAAUAUUGAUAAGAACGAUGGCGAUUCAAGAUUGAAGAAUAAGAAUAUUUAUAAAGGCUUCGAAUCUAAUUAUGUUGAUAAUGCAGAAAUUGAUAAAUUGUGGUUCCAAAUGCUUUCUGUAAAAUAUGAUAAUAAAAUGUUCGAUAGUGGUAUUCCAGAAAGCGGUGAUCCUUUGAGUUAUGAUUCUCAAAGAAUGGCAAAUGGUUUCACAAAUUCUCCCGGUGUUAGUUUUAUGGAUAAUAAUGAAUCGUCUCAAAAAGGACCUAUGGCUACGGGGUUUAACAAGUCUCAGGAAGCGACCACUCCAUUCUCAAGCCAGAAUAACAACUCCAAUAUCGAUAGAUAUGGUUUCGAUUUGGAGCAGGCUAUCCAUUUUGAUAUUUUCAGCGAGUUACCCCUUGACCAAGUAUUCAAUAACACCGAUAAUGUAGGUAUUUAA